GCCAAAUCAAAGCGGCACUGCGCAAGGAAUGCUGUUCCUGUUUCCAGAGUGUUUGGAGAUAGUUCUGUGGAGCUGCUGAAGUAUGGAAGCUCUCAGAUCGGAUCUAAUAUCACCUAUGUAGUUUUCGGAAGCAAUCUAUUCUUCCAUAACGGCUUUAAUCAAUAGCUUAUAUCAAAGCAAUGAUUGUCCACAAUCCUUUGCUGUGCAAAUUGCAAAACUACGCGCCUUAUAGGAUUGCACCUUUGGGUGCGAGCCACAGAAAGCAGUCGAUUGAUGUCACAAUCAGAGCCAAAACAGAGAGCCCUGUACCAAUACGCAGACGUCAAGCGCUCUCGAUAUUAUUUAUGACAGCAUCCACCCUGCAAACUGCUGCAUCCGAUGCAGAGACAGAGACAUCGCAGUUCCAAACGUAUUCCAGCCCAAAACAGGGAUACAAAUUUCAGAUACCGUCUGAUUGGCAAAAGACAGAGAAAUCAGGGGCAGAUGUCCUUUUUGUGGAGCCAGCUAGCAAAGCAGGAGACAUCGGGGUCACGGUUUCACCCGUCCGCAUCAAAAGCCUGGAGCAGUUUGGCGAUUUGACGGCUGUGGGUGAUAGACUUUUAGCAGCCGAACGCAGCAAGGAGAGCACGGAAUAUGUGAACUUGCUGAGUAGCGCUUCACGGAGAGGAGAGAAUGGUACUCUAAUAUACUCGUAUGAUUACAAGCUUGACACGUCCCGUGGCAAGAAGCGGGUCAUAUCAACAGUUGCUGUAGCAGGACAGAAGCUUUACAUUCUGAAUGGCACUGUUAAAUGCUCGAAACCUGGACCAGACUGCAGCCCACUAGGAGGGCCCGGGGUUGUGGAAAGUGUGCAGGCUGCAUCAAGUUCUUUUGACAUCUUGGCUGUUCAAUAAUGAUUGGCUGUUCCGCAUUCUGUCUGCGGAAAACCAUUUGUGUGAGUGGGUGUACCAGAAGUGGCACAGCAUAUGCUGUUGAAGCUGGGCAGGCGUUCAUCCAGUAAAAUUCAGUCGUGCAUGGGUACUACAGUGUAAGAGGAAGCCAACCCUCGCAAAAGGGAAUUU